AUGUUUGCAGAAGACCUGCUGAUCAUCAACCGCUUGCGGACCGAGGCUAUCAAUGUCCAGGAACCUCAUGUUAGUGGUGUGAGUCGCCUGGUUACGUACGCGGCGCAGUUGAAGUGGUUGGGAGGGAAAUUUCCGAUUGAUGUGCUCUCUCAAAAUAACUUACGCUUCGAACUGGCCAACAUCGUCUUCAACCUUGCAGCGCUCUACUCGCAACUCGCAUUCGCCGUCAACCGGACUACUGGAGAUGGACUCAAGCAGGCUUGCAAUUACCUCUGCCAGGCAGCCGGGGUGCUUCACCACCUACGCACCGAGAUCAUUCCGGAUCUGCGCACAUCACCGCCAGAAGAUAUGGACGAAAUGACGCUUCAGAGCCUAGAACAACUCCUCCUCGCCCAGGGCCAAGAAUGUUUCUGGCAAAAGGCCGUUAAAGAUGGUCUGAAGGACAUCUCCAUCGCGCGGCUGGCAGCCCAGGUCUCAGACUUCUAUGCAGACGCAGGCGAUUUCGCGGUCAAAUCUAAUGCUAUUAGCACGGAUUGGAUCCACCACAUGACAGCGAAACACCACCACUUCGCUGCGGCCGCGCAGUACCGGCAGUCGCUCGACUGUUUGGAAAAGCGCAAAUACGGCGAAGAAGUGGCGCGACUGCGUGAUAGCUUGAACUGCGUGAAUGAGGGGCUGAAGGAGUCGCGGUGGAUCAACCGUACAGUUUUGGGGGAUCUGAACGGGCUGAAAAGUCGCGUUGCGGAGGACUUGAAGCGCGCCGAGAAGGACAACGAUGUUAUCUACCUGAAUCCCGUGCCGCCCAAGUCUGAGCUGAAGAGCAUCGAUCGUGCUAGCAUGGUCGCUUCCAAGGCUCCCUCGCAGGUUACGGACGCGAUUUCGAUGCUGGGCGAGAAGGGACCGCUGGGGCAGCCGCUUUUCGCGAAGCUGGUGCCGUAUGCGGUUCAUAUUGCGGCUAGUAUCUAUUCUGAUCGCCGGGAUCGCUUGGUUAAUGAGACACUCGUUGCGGAAUUGGAGUCUAUGACUGAUAAGCUCAGAGAUCUUUUGUCGUCGUUAAAUCUUCCGGGAUCGCUGCAAGCUCUUGAAAAGCCUCUCGGCCUGCCACCGACACUGGUUUCUCAUGCCGAGGAAAUGCGGCAGCAAGAUGGACUCAACCGUCUCCGUCAGUCUGUGGAGGAUACGGCUCGGGUGAAAUCCAAUGACCGGACAGUCUAUAACGAAGGUGUUGAAUUGCUGGCAGCCGAAAAGGCAGAGGACAACGCGGCGCGUAGGAAAUACGGUACGGAUAGGUGGUCGCGCGCACCGUCUGAGGAAGCUGCCUCGAAGAUUUACACCACCUCCAUUGAGAUCAGCGGCUAUUUUGCGUCUGCGCAGAGCAGUGAUGAUCUCGUCGAGCGGAAGUUUCAAGACUACGAGUCCGUAUUCCGGGUGCUUACUGGGUCGAACCGUGAUCUGGAGUCGUAUGUGCCUAGCAGUCGGCGAGCUGCUAUUCCACACGAGCUCGAACGUGAAUCUAUCCGGCUGCGCAGCUGCUUGAACGAAGUGAGCCGCAUGGAGAACCGGCGUCGACGACGGAUCCAGACGCUGAAAGACAAGGCUCAGGCGGAUGAUAUCCAUCCGGCUCUCAUCAAAGAAACGGCGCGACUCGAGCGCGAAUUCCCGAUGCAACCGAUCCAAGCAGGUCAAUUCGAAGACCUCUUCGAGCAAAAGCUGCGGCUGUACGACUCGGACCGCGACAUGCUCGCCCAGGAAUGGAAAGACCAGGAGGAAAUAUCAGGACAAGUGCGUGAGGCGAACCGGAAUUUCACCCGCGCUCAUAAGGGAGACGCCUCGAUGAAGGAGCGCGAGACCGCACUCCAGGAAUUGGAGAAUGGGUAUCUGAAGUACAAGGAGAUUAUUUCGAAUCUGGAGGUUGGGAGGAAAUUUUAUAACGAUCUGGCCAAGAUUGUGGGCCGGUUUCGAGAUGAUGCGAAGACUUUUGUUCAUCAGCGUCGGAUGGAGGCGAGUCAGUUGGAAGCAGACAUCACCAAUGUCGCAGCCAUGUCCUCGCUGCAUAUCACCCAGCCUCAACUUCGCCAACAACCACAAUCCCAGCAACACCAACCGCAUAACACCCACGCUCACCAAUACCAACCUACUCAACCGCCACCACCAUCUCAGCCCAUGCCUCAAGUCCACCACCAUGUUCACCGGCCAUCCGACGCCAGCGAACCCCUAACAGCACCACAACCAAUGCGCGCCCCCGCCCCACCACCCGCCGUGUCUGCUGCCCCGGGCGUAUGGUCCCCCGAAAUGGGCAUUCGAUUUUCAUCUGCUGGAGUGCCUCCUGGUGCGACUCCUACAAAAAGCACUACCGGGUCGGGUCAGGGUCAGGGUCAACCUGGCCGUGGUCGUGCGCUGCCCGGGACGUGGGAUCCUUCGCAAGGUUUGCGGUUUUCUUGA